AUGGCUAAAAUGGCGGUUCCUCGAAAGAGAGGAAAAUCCAAGGAUAGGGAUUUUGAUCUGCAGUCUUUAUUCGAGUGGGUAAAAAAGCUGUUGUUUGAUCCCUCUAAGACCUGGAUAGUAGGCAUUGGUCUUCUCUUUGCAGAGAUCGUGGUAAAUAUUGUGGUCAUAUGGAAAAUUAAGUGUGAGUAGCCUGUCCUGCCAGGUUUCUGCUGACUUUUUAGUUCUUACAGCUUUCGUUUCAGCUCAUUUUUUUUUCUUCAAAAAAUAUUGAGGAGACCAAGUCAAGGUGUGGGGUUUGAUGUGACCAGCACUGAGUAAGUGGGAGGGGAGAGGUCUGGCAUUAGAUUUAUUAGAUUUAUUAUAAUUUAUUUAUUUAUUAGAUUUAUUUAUUUUUUGGUCUAUCCCCAUGGGGUAAACUGGAGGACCCUGGCUCCUGACAAGGGGUCCAGACAGGAGUAAGCCUUUGGAGGAUUUUUGAGGGUUGUAAAUUUCAAAAUGAAGGGAUUUUUCAAGUGAUAGAGAGAUUAAGAUUCAGGUUUACACCCAAUGGUAGACCUGAAUUUGUACCACGCGACCAAGUUUUCCCCUUAUUUUCCGUUUACUCUUUAUUGCUUCUACACAAAAAUAAGUUAUUUUAUGCCAGUUUUAACCACAGGAAUUGUUCGGGACUGUUUUUAUAUGCUUAUUUUCUAUUCUGUGAAAUUUUCAACUUGAGUCUGACGUUUGCCAUUUGCGGUAAACGUGAAUCUUAAUCUCUCCAAUAUCAUUGUGUGAAAAGUUGGUGGUAAUAAAAAUUUGAUUUUUUUAAUAUCUCGUAUAUCAAAAUAUAAUGUUCAGCCUUGGAUAAUGCAUGUCUAGCUUUGUUAUUGGUUCACUGGAUCUCUGUUAAUCAGCCGUUAUACUUACUUUUGACCUUGUAUGGAAAAUGAGUGUGACAGUGACCAGGUGCAGAUCUAGGAUAAAUACUGACCGAUUUCCUAAAAUGAGUACCAGAGGCACAAGCUUCUAGGGGGUUCCAUCCAGGGGGCAUGUUCUCCCGAAAAUUUUUUUGGAUUUUAACUCCCUGUAGUCCCCUUUCCUGGUUUCUGAGUCAUUCAGACAGGAUAUAUACAAUUGAUUUUCCAGCUGAAAUCUCGCAGCGUGUUUAUUAACCAUUUUCCAGAUUUCAACUUAGGGAGUGUUUUUUUAUUAAAAAUAUCUUUAUGGUGAAAAAUCUGACUGCUUUCCGAAAAAUGGUGGAAAUCGGUGUGGAUCGGCGCCUGGUGAAAAUGGUGAACUUGGACGUUCUAUCAGCCAGAAUCCUGUGUAAUUACAGAGGGCAUUUUGUAUGAUAUAUGUAAUAUAACGAGAUAAUCAUUCUGAAUUGGCCUUGAGGGGGUAUGAGAUUGAUUAUAGCCAACUUGCAUCCAACGUGGACUUAUGGAAUUAUUUUAAAUAUUUUUCACUUAUUAAUUUUUUAACUUUAAUUUUUAGAUACAGAGAUAGAUUGGGAAGCUUAUAUGGAUGAAGUUGAGGGUGUGAUAAAUGGGACAUAUGACUACACCUACUUGAAAGGAGAAACAGGACCACUAGUGUAAGAGCACAUUCUGCUAUCAGUUUAGUAAUCCAGGGGGGGGGGAGAGUACUCUUUGGAAUUCUUGGUUAGGGUGCACUCCCCAGUUCUCAAAAUCUUGACCCUGUUUCAGACCAAAACAUGUUAUUUUGCACUGCACCUGUUUUCAGGCGUGGGCUCAAUAAUGUAUGAAAUGUGGAUAAUGCUAUCAACUGGAUCAAUCUCUAUCUGGUGGAUAAUGCAAUUGGUUUCCCAAAUACUCUAGAUAUUCGCUGGAUAGUAAUUUAUCCAGUAGAUACUGCUAUCUAAUGUUUGCACAGUGGUGACCUGAGUCUAAAAUCCCUACCCAUUUUUAGUUAUGCUCAGUUUGCAAACCCAUCAUCUUGUCCAAGUGAAGUCAACUAUUUAAUUAAAUUAAUUAGUAAUAUUGGACACUGAACACUGUUUUAAGCAAAAAUAUGUUGAUGCACAGUCUCUUGGUUCCCUUGAAAAAAUACCUUAUUUCAGACCAUAUAAAUGAGUGAAAUCUAUACUCAUUCAAACCAGCACAGCUCCGAAACCACAUCCUUUGGGUGGCACACAGCUAUGUACCUUUCUUACAGGAGCACCCGCACCUCCAGGAGAAUUUAUAUCUUUUUAAAAGGCAGUCAUAGCAUUUUGAGGAUCCACUUCUCUCUUUUUCUGCCCCCCCCAAUAGACGGUAAAGGUGACAUGACAUCUUAUAAUGACAAUGACAAAAUAACAUUGCAAAAUCAGAGUCAACGAGGGAGGUUUUUACCAUAGGUCUUUUCUGUGACCAGUUGCUUGUGGUUCUGUAACCAAAAAGUGCAGCACUAAAAAUUUGGAAAAUUUCGAAAAGUACCACAGCAUGUUUUUAAGUAAAUGAAAUGCGUUAUAUAAUGUUUCCCUUGCUGUACAUUCCACUGUAACUGGGACAAAGAACUUAGUCCAUUAUCCCCAAAUGUUUAUUACAUAGGGUUCAUUACAUUAGGGUUUUACUAUGUUUCCUAUGGGAUCAGCCAUUAAGUGUUUAAAUUAUAUUUUAUAUAUAUCUUUAAUUUUCAUUUUCUUUAGUUACCCAGCUGGGUUUGUAUACAUAUUCACUGGCUUGUAUUACCUGACUGGUCAUGGAACAGAUAUCAGGACUGCUCAGUAUAUUUUUGCUGCACUUUAUAUUCUCACGCUGGUUUGUGUAUUUGCAAUUUACCAAAAAACUGCUUCGGUAAGUCUUAAAAUGACGACUAGAUAACAAGGUAGCUAUUCUUUUACCGUUACAGUAUCAGAAAUAUCUUUACCGUCGUGGAAUAAUGAAAUACCAUUAAUUUCUCAGCACUUUGAAGAAAUGGAAUUGUGACAUUUUUUCUUGAAAAUUAUUUUGACAUUUGGGAAUUACUUGUGAAUACUAUAAACAUGAAGUUAUGCAGUGAUUUUGAGGUGCAAUAUUCAACAAAAUACGAGUCCCUUGGGAUAUUUCAUGAUCUGCUAAAAGGAACCAUUAUUUAGUAUGACCUUUUUAUCCAGCUGGGCCUAGAGAAUAUGUAGGUAUUUAGUCAGCACUUGAAACAGUUCCAGCUUGUCCCUGAAACUCAUGUUACUACUGGCACAAUUUGUUAACAAUUUAUUUUACUCAAGCGCGAAGGGUUAAUGAAAAUAAGGACGUAUUUAUCUCGAUAAAAAUGCAAAGAUAUUUAAAUUCACGCAUCCUGUGACAAUGGACAUCCUUGUCCAUUUUUCUGCUUAAAUGGUGAAUAAAAUCCCCGUUAAUAAAAGAAAAAAUCAUGUGGUGGAGGGUUACCAAAACUACUGUAAGACAUCAAAACUGCUCACCCACCUCUCCCCUAACUAACGAAAGAGCAAAGUGUUGGGUUAAGGGAGGGGUAGGUGGGCAGCUCCACAGAAUCAUAGGACCAGUAUAAGAUUCUAAAGAAACUGACCACAUACGCCUCCCCUAACCUAAGUUUAACACUCAUUACUUACUUAGGGCAAAAUGUUGAGUUAGGGGAUGGGUAGGUAAGAGUUUCCCAGAAUCUUACACUGAUUCAUAUUUUGCUUUCCCUCAGGUUCCUCCUUAUGCUUUUUUCUUUAUGUGCUGUGCCUCAUACAGAAUUCAUUCAAUUUACAUUCUACGUCUCUUUAACGAUCCAGUGGCAAUGUUCUUCCUUUACCUUGCUGUGAACUGUUUUUUAAUUAAUUGGUGGAGCAUUGGAUGUCUUAUGUUCAGGUAUGAUGUAAUUUUAAAAUUAUAUAAGCGGGAAUGAUGGAGUGUGGAAAGCAUGUAUGGGUAUAACAUGUAGAUUAAAAAUGCAGGAUUUCACCGCCCAAAAAUGAAAAUAAAUUUUUGGACAAGUUGUAAUGACAUGGAAAUUUUAUGUAUCAUUUGACAUACGUGGCGAUGCUAAUUUAACAACUUUAUUGCAAAGAGAGUGGGAAAGGACGCAUGUGAUUCCCAGGGGCUUUCGAUUUUGGCGCAGUCAGCCCCCAGUUAGAGUUAUUCCCCCUUUCAGCUGGUAGACCCAUGCCUUCCUAGCAUGAACCCCCAUGCCAAUAGAGCCAGGCCCCCAUCUCUCUGACUAAUCAGUGGAAAAAUAAAGAGGGUUAGGGAUGAGGGUAAGCUAAAGAUCCAAAGGCUAAUUGAAACCCAGUGGCAGCCAUGAAGGGCUGUACCAAGGACAUGGAGCUGAUACAAACAGGGCUGACCAUGCCCGUGCUUCCAAACUGAUGGCUGACUGAGUUAGGGAUCCUUGUACUCAGGGUGCCAGAGGCUUUUCAUGCGCAGUUUCCGGUUUUUAUCAAGUCUUUUCGCUCAUGCAUGUCUUCGGCCUUUUGCCAAAGACACGUUGGCCUAUGGCUGACAAUGCUUUUUGCCUCAUGUUGAACGCAAGGAAAAAACCUCUGGUAACCAAAGUAGGCUCCUUGUUGUUAACUUUGUUAAAUUUCAUUUAAUUUUUGGUAUAUUUCAUGUAUUUACUGUAAGGUAUUAUAUUCUAAGGCCUCUUUUCAAACACCAAUCUCAACUCUCUUUUUUUAGAUGAUAAUAUUAUUGAUCAAAGAAUUUUUUGUUCCAUUUUUUUAUUAGCCUGGCUGUCAGCAUUAAGAUGAACAUUUUGCUGUUCGCUCCUGGCCUUUUGCUUCUUCUCUUUAAAUCCUUUGGUGUGUGGUGGACAAUUCCUAGACUAGCUUUGUGUGCUGUAGUACAAGUAAGAAACUACUCUAGGGAGUUUCCACAGUGGCAUCAUUUUAUGCAACAUCUUAAAAGUAAACAAAAUGACAAUUCUGUAGAUUAACCACAAUUUUUAACACAUUUCUUUCAAGUUCCCUGUUAUUAUGCCUUAAACUUACAAUUAAAGUAAAAUGUGGUGUAUUUUUAGCCUUAAACAUGCUUUUUUCUCCUUUUUUUCAGCUUGUACUUGGUCUCCCUUUUCUGUUUGAAAAUCCCGUUAGCUACAUAACCAUGGCAUUCAACUUAGGACGACAGUUUCUAUUUAAGUGGACAGUCAACUGGAGAUUUCUACCUGAAUGGCUUUUCCUUAGUCGCUAUUUUCACAUUAGCCUUCUUGCUUGUCACUUAACAGUUUUGUUGCUUUUUUAUCUUUGCAAGUGGACUAGGUAUGUUGUUCCUUGUAAAUAUAACACUACCUUUUCUUGA